GCGGAAGUUUGUGUCACUUCCUGUUCCGGGGAGGGGAAACGCGUGUGCUUGUUUAUCCUCGUUUUUUUUUUUUUUUAAACGAGCUAAAGAAUUUAGAGUUUACAGACUCUGGUCCUGGAGGGGUACCUGUGCGGAGUUACUUGAACUCGACAUGUACUGUUAACACCAGAGUUUAGUGUUUUAAAUAGGGGAUUUUAAAAGGACGGACUAGAGUUUGGAUAUUCUGAACACCGUUGUCGUGGAAACGCUAUUUCUUCGAAGGCUGCAGGUCCAUUGGGUUUGUGUUAGCAGGGUUUAAGCCAUGUCGGACGGACGGAUCUACGUGGGAAACCUUCCCAUGGACGUCCAGGAGAGAGACAUUGAGGAUCUCUUCUACAAAUACGGAAAAAUUCGGGAUAUUGAGCUGAAGAACAACAGAGGGACCAUCCCGUUUGCCUUUGUGCGCUUUGAGGAUCCACGGGAUGCGGAGGAUGCUGUCUUUGGAAGGAAUGGAUAUGGAUUUGGAAACAGUAAGCUGCGUGUGGAAUACCCUCGAUCUUCUGGAUCCAAAUUCAGUGGACCUUCAGGAGGAGGAGGACCCAGGGGGAGGUUUGGACCCCCGUCACGUAGAUCUGAGUAUCGGGUUAUUGUGACAGGUUUGCCCCCCAGCGGCAGCUGGCAGGACCUGAAAGAUCACAUGCGUGAGGCGGGCGACGUGUGUUUCGCUGAUGUGCAGCGUGACGGCGAGGGCGUCGUUGAAUUCCUCAGACGCGAGGACAUGGAGUAUGCGCUACGUCGCCUGGACAGCACAGAGUUUAGAUCACACCAGGGUGAGACUUCAUACAUCAGAGUAAUGGGGGAGCGGAGCACAAGCUGGGGCCGCUCGCGUUCUCGGUCCAGGUCUCGUGGACGCUACUCACCCCCCUAUCAGAGCAGAGGCUCGCCCCCACCCCGUUACCGAUCUCCCCCGCGGCACAUGAGCCGUCAUAGCCCCCCAUCUCGACGAGCCUCGCUCCAGCAUCAUAGCCCGCCGCCACGCCACUACCGGUGAACAGCAGAGCCACCACAGCUUCUUUUCUCGUCUGUCAUGCCCCCUUUCUGUUUCUGAUUUUUUUUAAUUUACAUUCCAUUGUUAUUAGAUCCCAAAUGGCCUUAUUCAACGUUCAGUUUUAUCAAGAAAUCUGAGUUUGCAAAAAUGGAGAUGGUCUCAUGAGUCGUGAGUGAUGCAUAUAUGUUUACAGAACAGAUGUGAUGAGUUCAGAAAUGGAAAAGCUUGUGUAAGUUAGUAAACUGUGACUUUACAGGAAACAUAUUCAAACAUAUUAAUAUCCAGUUUUGUCAAAAGACUGAAGAUGUGAUCUUUGUGGUAAUCAGGUUGAUUUCUUAGACAUUACAGUUUUAUGAUUUAAAUAGGCUGACACUUUUAAACGUUACUUUCUGGAAUCUCCCCUUGUGGUUUUUCUUCUUUGUAUCAUGUGAUGACUGUAUGCAAAAUGAAUUUUCAAUUAAAGCAUUGUGUCAAAUUUACUCCCCUAAA